AUGAUGCCACCGUUGACCAAGGUGAGUCCCCUCGCUACAAUUGUUCUGUAGUCGAUCGAAAUGAAGCACAUAUUCGUCAUUCACUAGCUCUCGAUUCCGGUUGUUCAAAAAUGCGACGAAUUUCAGAUCGAGGUGCUCGCAAAGCGGGUGAUGGAAGGUGCGCAGCUGAAAACGCACAAAUACUUCCGAAUCGCCGUGCCGCACGCCAUCACCGGUCAACAGUUGAUAGCGCUCGUUCUCGAAAGAGUAAGUCCCUUAUCAUUUCCGUGAUUUUCUGUUCACGCCCUUCUCCAGGGUGGUCCUGAGGACGAGGCCGAAGCGAGCCAUCUGGCGAGUCUGCUGCUCCAUCAUGGCUACCUCUUCCCGGUUAUCGAGCACGUGAGUUUUUCCCAAAAGUCUCUAGUUAUGAGUGAAUGAUGUUCUUUAUUUUAGGGCCAACCAUUUCGAGACGACGGAACCCUGUACAGGCUGCAGAGGCCGUAUUUCUGGCCGUCACAGGCCGAACUUGUCCCUGAUGUCGAAUACGGUAAACUUUCGAUUCUUUUUUUAAAUUUUGGAAGGGAUUUAUGUGCGCCUGCUACCCUUUCGAGAGCAAUUUUCAGAUGUUUUAAUGCCAUGGCAUUUCUGAAAGCUCGAGCACUAAUCCUCGCCCAAUUCGCUUGAACUCUGUUCCUUUUUCAGCCAUCUACCUCAAUAAACGAUUGCUGCGAAACGAGCAAAAACACGGGUUAGAAGAAGAUGAAGUGGAGUCUUUCAACAGGUAAUUCUUAACUUUUCCGCUCUAAUUUUCCCAAAUUAUACCCUUUUUCAGACUAGCCGAUGUUCUCGCUCAUAUGUGGGCGUUUAUAGUUCAACAGUCGGAACUACAAUUAAAGCAGCAGAAGGAGAAGAAGAAAGUCGACAAAGUUGUGUUCGAUUCGGAAGAACGAGCGUUCUGGAAAAUUCGGAAGCCCGGCCGUGGCGGAGCAAACUUUCUUGAAGAUCCGUACAUGAAAUUGGAGAAGAAGAUACGACGACAGAAUGCGCAGGGCUACCGAUGUCUAAUGGAUCGACUGCGGUUCGCGAUCAAGACGAAACCGUGGCUGAAGGCGUUGAAGGCGUCCGAUACGUGAGUGACGUCAUCCAGACAGGACGAAGCCGUCAAAAGACAAGCCAAUGAGCCGGGCUCGAGUUACCAUUCCCGGCGGCCACUCUCGCAUUUCUUAUUAUAACUUUAUGAGAGCGUUAACAAUUGUUAGAGCUUUGAGGCGUCCAGGUGGAAAAUACUUUCGGCACCCGAAAAUAGUCUUGAUUGGUGCGCUCUGCUGCUGAUAACAGGUGCUAGCGGUGGCGAUAAUUAAAAAACGUAUUGUGGAAAAUAGAGACUACUGAUGACGUACGAAAACAGAAAAUUGGCGUGUGUCAAAACGAUGGGGUUCAGAAUUGUUGAUCAAUGUGAUCUGUUGCAGGAUGGUGACGUGGGUGGAUCAGCGAGCAGAGUUCGACCCGUUUCUGCAGGCGCCGCAGCCGUCUAACCCCUGGAUUAGCGACGACGGCGCUUACUGGAAUAAGCAAACUGACACGUGCGUCCGCUGAAAUGCCGCUUCCAUUCAAAAAAUGUUUUUUUUUUAGGAAUGGCACUGAGAUUCCCUCCGAGAAACGGGUAAAACGAUGGGGACUUUCGGUGCAAGAGUUGGUGAAGGAUCAGAUUGGUCGGCAGGUGCUUGAGACCUUCUUGGAAUCAGAGUUCUCCUCGGAAAAUAUACGAUUCUGGGUUGCAAUACAAGACCUGAAAUAUGCGCCGAAUGAGCAGAUCUAUCAGAAGGCCGAACGGAUACGAGAAGAAUUCCUGGCUCAGGGAGCUCCCGCGCAAGUGAACGUCGACUCGAGGACUCUCGAUCAGACACUCGAUUGCAUUUCAAAGGCGGCCGAUGCUUCUCAGAUGAGAUUCGCAUUCUACCAUUCGGAAGAGCACGUCUUCACUUUGAUGGCUAAAGAUUCGUAUCCGAGAUUUGUGAAAUCACAGAUCUACAAGGCCGUGUUGACCGCCGCUAUGCAACACGGAACCCGAAGAUUAGGCUGGAAGAACUUUGUGUUUAAUGUGGGCCAGACUAAGAAACCGACAUCGAGCAAGCCUGCGAAGGUUAGAAAACCAGACGAUUAUCAGCAUUCUAGACAUCCAUUUUUCAGCCGCAAGAUUCGAUUGGUGCUGGUCAAGCUCUCCCGAAACAGCUGUCCUCUGACUCACUGCCCGUUCGGCAGAAUCAUCCAAAGUGAGUAUUUUUUUCUAUGAAACGUUGAACAUUUCGAAUAUAUACUCUCACGCACACAAGAAGCUUCUCCGUCAAAAUAUUCCCACAAACUAUAGCGUAGUUUCAUGCUUUCCAACCCGAAAUCUUUCAAAUUAGCUCAAUUCGCGGACUGAGCUAGCCGACCCGAAACUAUUUGGCUCAAUGCUCCACAUCUUGCAGGCCGGACCCCGAAUGA